UUAUCAAGGAUGGCUACAGUCCGGAUACUGCAGGUUCUCCUGCUCUCAUGUCUACUGUUGCUCAUCACUCCUGUUGACGGCUUCCUAAAUGCAACUGAAAAUGCAAAGGCCUUGGUCAUCGCCAACGACCGUCUCUAUGCCUCCGUCAACAAAUCCACAGGAAUAAUGGACAUCCUCACCCUCGAUGGCCAAAACCUGCUCGGCACAAAAGAAUACAACGAAGCCACUCCCGGAGGCAACGCCGCUGGUCAGAAUGGAAUAGGACCAUAUCUGGAUUGCUACUGUGUGCCUUCUGGUUCCUAUACGCCUGGCAAGUAUGCGACAUUCGAGCUGUUCAACGGCAGUGAUUCUACUGGUGUGCCUUAUGGUGGUGUGGUCAUGUCUGAGGUGUAUCCAUUGACUGGGCAGGUAUUGGAGCAGUAUUGGUUCUUGAGGGAGACAGAGACGGGGUUGCAUACUUUUUCUCGUCUUGCUUAUCAUAAUGAGACGAAGCCGUUUUUGAGAAACCUGCAAGAGUUCAGAACAUUGUUCAGACCCACAACUCCGUUGUGGACCCAUNNCUCUACCAAUGAGAAGAUCUAUGCUCCUUUGCCUUCUUCGGAUACUCUGGAGUACUCCAGAACAGUUCAAGAUGCAACGUGGUAUAUUGGCAACUAUACCGAUGUACCAUACGUCGAACAGUUUGCGGACUACUUCACCAAGUAUACCUUCUCGGACGAGUGGAGAGACCACAAAGUUCAUGGGGUAUAUGGCGAUGGCUCCAAUAGCAAGGAUGGCUCAACCUUCGGUGCUUGGCUGGUGAUGAAUACGGUAGACACCUACUUUGGCGGUCCGACACACUCUGAUCUGACUGUGGACGGCAUUGUCUAUAACUACAUCUCCUCAAACCAUCACGGAGAUAAUGUCCCGAACAUCACCACCGGCUUCGACAGAACAUUUGGACCUCAAUAUUUCCACUUCAACAAAGGCUCUAACACAACCACUCUGGCAGAGCUGCGUGCGGAAGCCGAGCAGUUUGCCUCUCCCACCUGGAACACCGCUUUCUAUGACUCUAUCGCUCAUCUGGUACCGAACUACAUCCCCUCAACACAGAGAUCGACUUGGAAAGGACGCAUUGAUUUGCCCAAAGGCGCCAAGCGUCCCAUCGCCGUACUUGCUCAGAACGGCGUGGACUUCCAAGAUAAUGUUCUAGACACAAAGGCAUACCAAUACUGGGGCGACAUCGACAACAAAGGCAAUAUUGAGAUCCCGAUGGUCAAGCCUGGUACUUAUCGUCUGACUGUGUAUGCGAACGGCAUCUUUGGCCAGUACAUCCAGGACAAUGUCGUGGUUGCAGUCGGUAAGGUCACCACAACCAAAGCAAAGUGGCGCGAGGAGUCUGCUGGCAAAGAGCUAUGGCGCAUCGGCACCCCUGACCGCAGUAGUGGAGAGUAUAGACAUGGUGACCAGCCUGAUCCGAGCAAACCUCUGCACCCUCCAGAGUACAGAAUCUAUUGGGCGAAUUGGGACUUCCCAACCGAUUACCCUAAUGGAGUCACAUUUGAGGUCGGCAAAAGCGAUGAGAGCAAAGACUUCAACUAUGAACCAUACUAUGAGAACGUCAACAAUUGGACUGUCGUGUUCGAUGCGAAGAAGAGCGACCUGAAGAAAGCGAAAGACGCAACACUCACCCUAGCAGGUGCAAAAACAGCUGCCGGCAAUACAGACAACUGGAACGCAACACAGCUGUGGAACAACCUGCCUCUGACAGUGGUCAUGAAUGGAAACGAGCUGGAGCCAUGGGAUAUACCCUCAUGCGCUACCAGAUCUGCCGUAGUGUGCUAUGCUCUCGCUCACAAGUACGAGUUUGACGCCAAUCUCAUAAAGGAAGGUCAGAACAAGAUGAUCUUGAGUUUGCCGUUCAAUGCGACAGAUUACGAGAGCGCGGUUCUUCCGAGAAGUACAUAUGUCCAGUACGACAGCUUGCGAUUAGAGGUCAAGUAG